AUGCUUGCUGGGGUGGCGGAUGCAGUUGCAGUCGCAGCUCCCACGUGCUUGGGUGUAACUGUCCGAAAGUACAAUCUAGGGGUUGAAAACUUCUCGCGGCGAUUACCAAUGUCCCACCAAACUUGGCCACAGCACAACGCGACGGGCCAGAAAUUCGCCGUUUCUAACCAUCCGAGCCCACACCGACGUCGAAAUGGCAAAAGCGGACCGAGAAGCUUAGUGCGGCCGGGACUAAACUAUAGCGCAGGCGGGAAAGGCCACGGCCUCUGGAUCCUGGUUGAGAAAGGUAGGGCUCAAGCAGGAUGGGAAUGGAGAAGGCGCAUACUCUCACCGGUUGGGGCUGGGAUAAAUGAAGUGGCCGAGCCACCAGCGACAAUUGAGGACGUUGAUUUGCUAACAGAUAGAGGGAUUGAAGAUCUCUCACGGGAGGGAAACGACGAAAGGGACGAUUAUGGUUCCCUUGCCGAGACGAUGCUUGAAGGCCUGCAAAAGGUGAACGGAAUUCUGCCGGACGGCCUCCACAAUAUUAAUGCUUCUAGUUCUGAUGGUGGAAGUUGCUCCGGGAGUCUUGACUCUGCGCUCGUUGCGACAUCAGUCGCGGGGUGA